AUGGCAUCAUUACCUCCGGCCAAACGAGAUAUAGCUAUAUCUAAAUCGCUAUCAUACUUAUUAAGACACGGUGCUGUGAAAGAGAAACUAAACAUCGAUGAAACUGGAUAUAUAAAUAUAAAUGAAUUGUUAAAUCAUAAUCGACUCAAGACCAAUAAAGUAACACUCGAUGAUAUUCGUAGGAUUGUCGAGAAUAAUGACAAGAAAAGAUUUUCUAUCAUCGAAAAAGAAGGAGAAGUAAUGAUAUGCGCCAAUCAAGGCCAUUCCAUCAAAACAGUUAAUGAUUCAAAUCUAACUGAACUCACAAAAGAAACUAUUCCACUAGAAAUUUACCACGGAACUUACAAAAAUAAACUUCCCGCCAUAUUUAAUAGUGAUGGCUUAAGCAGAAUGAACAGGAACCAUAUCCACUUCGCUUCGAGCAUAAGUGAUAUAUCUGGUAUUCGAGCUAGUAGUAACGUCCUUAUAUAUUUGAAUAUUGAAAAAUGUCUAGAGUCUGGCAUUAUAUUCUACAAAAGCUCCAACAAUGUCAUUUUAACGCCAGGUAAUGCCGAUGGGCUCAUUAGAGUGGAGCUUUUCAGCAAAGUAGUCGAUGCCAAAAGCGGAUCUUCCAUCGAUAUAAACCAUUAUGCGAAUAUAUAG